AUGGCUACAAAAGGUGACCACGAAAAGCCCGAGACGGUGGAUAAUGAACAUCAACCAAUUAUCAAAAAGGUGCGACUCGAUGUGACGGAAGAAGUUAAAAAGGUUAAAAUUGAUGAAAAUGCCACUCCACAGCCAGAAAUUGGUGGAUCUAAGAUUGCAGUUGAAAAGGAUUUAUCGGCGUCAACGUCACCCGUGACGGAAUAUCAAGAAGAAGAAGAGAAUGUUAGUCAAGAAAAGGAAAAAGAAGUCAAGGCUCUUACGACUGGCAGUGCAUUCGGUGGCUUUAGCUCCUUUUGUGGUGAAAAAAAGGCGUUCACACUAGCAAAUUCGAGUGAUUUUGGACCUAAGGCUUCGGAUUCGAGGUUUAGAGGAAUUGAUACAGAAAAGUCGAGCAAGUUGGACGAUGAAACGUCAUUAUCGUCGUUGUCGGAUACAACGACGAGCAGCUCAAGUGGAUUCGCGCUGUUUCAGAGCAAUUCCUCGGCGACGUUUGCGUCAUUUGCUGCGACGCAGUCGACGACAGAGGGUUUUGGUGCAAUGGCGUCAUCGUCUUUAUCCACUGAUUUUUUGGAUACAGACGUGAUGAAGAGAGCGGACCCUGUUGUGCCGGCAUUGUCCGAAGCAGAGUUAGCUAAUGGAGAAGAAGGCGAACAGAUAUUGAUCGAGAAACGCGCCAAGCUGUUUAAAUUAGUGGAGAAGGACUACGCAGAAGUUGGUAUUGGUCCAUUGCGAGUUCUGAAAACAAAGGAUACAAAGACGGAGGAAGACAAGGCGACUGCACGAAUUGUGAUGCGGCGCGAGUCGUACCCGCACGGACAUGGCACCAAGUUGCUGAUGAAUGCAAGCUUAGGCUCUUGUCUGCAGUGCGAGCAGAAGACAGAGAAGACGAUGCUGUUGACUGUAUUGGAGGCAAAUGAGGAUCUGGUAGCGACAAAGAAGUUCAUCCCAGUGACUUAUCUCAUGCGAUUUGGAUCAUCGGAUGAUCUUGACGUAGUGAGUGCGCAGAUUCAAGCCAACAUGCAUUCGUCGACAGCACCUGCGUCGUCCAAUUGA